UCAUGUGAUUUGUUUUGCAUUGUGACUUCCGGUCUUCUUAUUUACUAGAAUAUAGUACGUUAGAGGUUAGAAUCUAAUACCUUACUUCAAUAUUAAAAUGUUUGAAGAAAUUGUUUUCAAUAUCGACCAUGGAUAUCUCGAAGGUCUACUCCGAGGGUUUAAGUCUGGAAUAUUGAAGCAGGCAGAUUACCUGAAUUUGAUUCAGUGUGAGACACUUGAUGAUUUGAAGCUACAUUUGCAGUCUACAGACUAUGGAAACUUCUUAGCUAAUGAGCCAAGUCCACUGACAGUUUCUGUUAUAGAUGACAAGUUGCGUGAGAAGCUUGUUGUUGAAGUAGAACAUAUGCGCAUACAAGCUUUGCAACCAUUAGCAGCAUUCAUUGAUUACAUAAAAUACAGCUACAUGAUUGACAAUGUCAUUCUUCUUAUCACUGGAACUCUUCAUGGCCGACCUAUUCAUGAGCUACUUCCCAAAUGUCACCCGUUGGGAACAUUUGACCAGUUGGCAGCUAUUAACUUAGCCAAUACUUCAAUAAUGUUGUACAAUGCUGUGUUAGUAGAUACUCCUCUGGCUCCAUACAUUAAAGACUGCAUCUCGGCUGAAGAUUUGGAUGAAAUGAAUGUAGAAAUUAUUCGGAACACACUCUACAAGUCUUAUUUGGAGGACUUUUACAAUUUCUGCAAGAAACAGGGAGGAGCUACAGCAGAAGUCAUGUGUGAGGCACUAGCAUUUGAUGCAGACAGAAGAUCAUUCAUAAUCACAAUCAAUUCUUUUGGAACUGAACUGAGCAAGGAAGACAGAAUGAAGCUUUACCCUCGCUGUGGUCAUCUUUACCCCACUGGUCUAAAACUACUGGGUGAUUGUGAUGACUUUGAUCAAGUCAGGGGUGUUGCUGAUUAUUACCCUGAAUACAAAGAACUCUUUGACAACUCAGGUUCAAACCCUGGUGAUAAAACAUUGGAAGAUAAAUUUUUUGAAUAUGAGGUAAAACUGAUGAAGAAAGCUUUCAUGCAGCAGUUCCAGUUUGGUGUGUUCUAUGCCUACAUUCGUCUCAAGGAGCAGGAAAUCAGAAACAUCAUCUGGAUUGCUGAAUGUGUGGCUCAGAGACAUAGAGCAAAAAUAGACAGCUAUAUUCCAAUAUUUUAGAUUUUCUUAUCUUAUGUCUUCUACUGAUAUUGGAAACAAAAUUUAAACUUUUUGUACCUGUAUGACUUUCACAGUAAAUUUUAAGAUGCAAACAUUUUCUUUUGAAAAGUAAUAUUAGUACUGAAAUAUGGUUAGGUGGGUUCUUUAAAAUAUAUUUUAUUAGAUUUAUUUGUGAUACAUUUGUUUCCGUAAUUAUUGCCAUGACAUAUUGUAAAGUUAUAAUUAUUUAGUGGUUUAAAAUAUUUACUAUAAGUAAUAAUCCAGAUUUGUCACUUUUCAUAGUUAAGAACAUAGAGAAAUACUUGUAAUUUAGUACAAUUUUGAUGUUUUUCUCAGUCAUAACUUCAAAUGUUCACAUCUUCUGAAUUUGAUAUUCUUGUGAUUAUUGAAUGGGUUUUGCUGCUACUUCCAAGAAAAUUAACAUUCCAACUUAUUGAGGUUGUUUUUUUUUUCUUGUGGGUCAUUUUGAUAGGAUCUAAAAAUAUUUGAUUUUAGAUAUUGUGAUCUAUAAAAGAAAUUAAGUUUUUUUGUGAGAUAAAAAAAGAAAUCAAAUAAAUCAAAGUAGAUCUGUGCUGUUGGUCAUAAAAUCUCAUGACUGUUAUAACACUACAAGUGUCAAAAAACAGCACAUGCUGAAUGUGAUAAACUUUGACUUUUGUUUCAUAAUGCAUGUUGAACAUACCAUAUUUAAGUAUGUCAUCUCUUGAUUGUGAUGUUAUGUAAAAUACUUACUGCUUGAUUUUGAAAAGAGUGUUGUAAAUAUUUCAAGCAAACUACAGUAAUAAUCUGAAUAACCUUGGGUGGAUAUCUGUCUAUGACUGUAUUAUUACUAAUCGAUUAAAGGGGAACAACCCAGGUGUAAGAAAAAGUUUGUGAUAUUGUGUUCAAUUCUUUCUAAUUUUUGUAUGAAAAUUUUUGAAAAGUUGUAUAAGCUGCAUUUAGGACUAAGUAAUUAAGCAUUUAAAAAGGUGUGAAAACCAAGUUUAUGUGUUUAAACAUCUUAAUUUUUGUAAUUAAAUGUAAAGAAAAAUAGCUUUUCAAAUUAAAGUUCAUCACGAAAGCAAUUUUUAUAUUCUGUACAACAGUCUGUCGUGUAUGCUAAAAUGUUGUGUUGAUAAUCAUUAAAUGUAUUUAAUUUUAUUUAUGGAAACAUUUAUGUAUAAUUGUGUGUAGUUAAACAAGUUUGUUAUAGACUAGAUCUCUGUACACUUAAUUGAUAAUUUCAACCAGGCAGUACAUGCAUUAAAUAAAAAUGUCUAAGUUGCACCUGGAAUUUUAAAUUCUCUUUGACUUCAGCAUUGUAAAACAACUUUUGUUAGGUUCUGAUUGUUAAUCAAACCAGUAAAAUUUGGCUUAUCAUAACACAAGAACAAUUGUUUAAUCAUCAUGUACACUUGGAAACAAGUCAAGAAUUUUUUGUUGAAUCUCUUUAGGCAUGUACCAAAGUUGUAGUUUUCAUUUGUUGUAUUAAAAAUAAAUUGUUAAGGAAAGUGUGUUAAAAACUAGUUAGAUCUUUCUUGUAUGUCUUUAUUUAUUAAACGGAGAAAUAAAAAGCUAUAAAACCA